AUGUCAUAAAUUAUUUAGGAGAUCAUCUCAAAACAAAAGAUUAAAGAGCACAUUCUCACAGAAGUAGUUGGACACACCUUAGAAAUCACAUUUAAUCGUCCAGAAUUCCACAAUGCUUUUACAGUUGGGAUGUAUGUGAUGUUUCAAGAAUAUGUAUUAUAAGCUGAUAAAGAUCCCAAUAUAUAUUUAAUUUUAGUAAAAAGUAAUGGAAAAUCAUUUAGUUCAGGUAAUGAUUUGAGAAAUUUUGAUGCAUGGCCAGGAUUGAAUGAUGAAGAUAGAAAAUAAGCAUCUCUAGGCUUAACUAAUAUGCUAAGGGACUUUACAAGUUCUUUUCUAAACUUAACUAAACCAAUUAUUGCUUGUUGUUAAGGAGGGGUUAUUGGAUUUAUUUUCCCAUUGUUAUCCUUAUUUGAUUAAGUAUAUGUCACAGAAGAUGCUUACUUCUUUGCACCAAUGUUAUUAUUUGGAUAAGGUGUUGAGAUGUUUUCUAGUUAUACUUUUCCAAGAUUAUUUGGAUAAGGAAAAACUUUUAGUUUAUUAUUCAGAGGAUAAAAGCUGUCAGCCAAAGAAGCAAUCCAUUAUGGAUAUGCUUAAGAAAUAUUUAAAACCUAAGAUGAAAUGAUUAAGCAGGCAAGAUAAAUUUGUUAGUAAUUGGAGUAACAAGAUCAAACUGCUAUCUUUCAUGGAAAAAAAUUGAUUAAAAGAGCAGUAUAUGAUCAAUUGAAAACAUCAAAUGAAUAAGAAUUAUUAAAUUUACAUAGAAUUUGGUCAGGAGACAAACUGGUUGAAAACGUAUUUAAUUACAUGCAAAGACUUAAGGCCAAGUUGUGAUAAAUUCAAUAUACAUUAUCUAAUUAUAUGUUAAUCUUUUG